AUGUCUGAUAGCUUUGCUGAAAACAACAAAGGAAACACCGCUCCUCAGUUUUUUAGAAAUUUUUUCAAAGAAAAAACACAAAAUAGAGAUCAGAUAUUAGUUUUUACUGACGCAUCCAAAACCGAAAACAGUAUUGCAUUCGCAAUAAUAAUCAAUGGUUCAGAAUACAAAUUUAGAUUACCUACCCUAAACAGCAUAUUCACCGCAGAAGCCUUAUCGAUCCAAAAAGCAAUCCAUAUAAUCAAGGAAAUGCCCAACAAUACCUUCAACAUACUAACCGACUCUCUGAGUACACUAUUAAGUAUCCAAAACACCCAAAAAAAUAACGAAAUCACCAAUAAUAUUAUUAAUCUUCUCAACAAUACUAACAAACUUAUAACACUAACAUGGAUUCCUAGCCAUACCGGAAUUGAAGGAAACGAAAGAGUAGAUAUGAUGGAAAAACAAGCAAUCAGUAACCAAACCAUCGAAAUAUUGAACUUGCUUUCUAAAAAUGAUUUUAAAAGAGAAGCUAAAAAUAUCAUAUCAAACUUAUGGCGUAAGGAAUGGCAUUUACUGAGAGACAACAAAUUAAGAGAAAUUAAACCCACCACCGAUAGAUGGAUUAACCCAUCAAACAUAACUAGACAACAAGAAAUAAUUCUAACCCACUUAAGGAUCGGACACUCCUGGCAUACCCACAAACACCUCAUGGACAAAACAGACCCAGAACCAUGCAUCACCUGCGGAUCCAAUAUCUCCAUCAAACAUCUCCUCUUAGAAUGCCGCCAAUUUAAUGAAGAAAGAACUAAACACAACAUGCCAAGUAGCAUCGCAGAAUGUCUCAACAAUGAACCUCAAAAUAUCAACAGUGUGCCAAGUGGCGGAUUUAAUGGUCGUUUAGUCUGCAAAUGCCAGCGGGGCACCCUCCUAAAUUGUGCACUGAGGCCCAUCUAA